ACAGCUGGCAACCACAUAACAUCCUCGCUUAAUGAUCUGUGUGGUUCUCGCUUAAUGGCCAUAAACAGUCAGGAUUACCAUCGUUAAUGGAGGACAGCAAAGCAAGGAAUCUAAGUCCCUUCUGACUAGCAGUAUAAGCUAUUACUAACAGACAGGAGCAACAGUGCCAGAGAGAAAUGGGCUAGUUAUUUUCCUGCUGACAGACUCCAGAAGAAUAAUUUCACAUCAAAAGGUGCUCAUCCAGGUCAGCACUAUGACUGAUGGGGACUAUGACUAUUUGAUCAAACUCCUGGCCCUCGGAGAUUCUGGGGUUGGAAAGACCACUUUGCUGUAUAGGUACACAGAUAACAAGUUCAACCCAAAGUUCAUCACGACAGUAGGCAUCGACUUUCGAGAAAAGCGUGUGGUGUACAACAGCCAGGGGUCAAGUGGUUCUUCUGGAAAAGCCUUUAAGGUCCAUCUGCAGCUAUGGGACACAGCUGGGCAAGAGAGAUUCAGAAGUCUCACCACCGCAUUUUUCAGAGAUGCCAUGGGCUUCUUGCUAAUGUUUGAUCUCACCAGUCAACAGAGCUUCUUAAAUGUCAGAAACUGGAUGAGUCAGUUGCAAGCAAAUGCUUAUUGCGAAAACCCCGACAUAGUAUUAAUUGGAAAUAAAGCUGACCUAUCAGAUCAGAGGGAGGUCAAUGAAAGACAAGCAAAAGAACUUGCAGACAAAUAUGGCAUCCCAUACUUUGAAACAAGUGCAGCGAACGGCCAAAAUGUGGACAAAGCUGUGGAGACACUCUUGGACUUAAUAAUGAAACGAAUGGAACAGUGUGUUGACAAGUCUCAGCUCUCUGACACAGCCAAUGGUGGAAGUUCAGGAAAACUGGUGUCAUCCAAAUCUGAUGAGAAGAAAUGUGCUUGUUGACUUGGCCAUUCAGGUUGAAGAAAAGAAAAGGAAUGAGAAAUCAGAAAGUAACAGAGUGACCAAAUGCUAAAUUCAACCUGGAACUCUGUGGACCAAAUGAGACUGCUGUUGUUGUCUUAAGCAAGCCUGAUUUUUUUCCCCCCAAUGCUGAGAAAUCAUGCUUCUGCAUUCAAACAGGUGUAAACCAUCUUCAUAGAAAAUCCAGAGCCUCUUUUCUUCUUCAUACAAUAGGCGAGUAAAUACAGGAAAAAAUAUCUGCUUUGGGGGAGAGGAUCAUUGAAAUGUUAGAGACACCUUUCCAAUAAAACAAGGGGUUGUCUUAAUUGGCCUAAGCUAAGCCAUCCUUUCUCAUCUCUUUGCCUUCUAUUAUGACAUAGUGUGUUUGCUAAACAGGUGGUGAAAAAACAUCCCAAAGAAUAUAUUGUGUGGCUCACUGUAAACAUCUUCAUGGUUUUGAAUGCCAAAAAGUUAGUUGUUUCAUUCAGUUGGUUAUUCUCAUAAGGCGAGACCUGAUUAAAAUUGCAAUGUAGUCAUUAGGUGGCAUUGGAGAUAGAGGUGGACUGUAGAAAGAAGAUGUCCGUACAAUAUAGUACAGUGUUGGAAAAGAUAUAAACCACGAGGUUUGCUCAAAGCUGAAAAGUACUAUGUGCCUUGAAAUAUUUGGCCAAGUAUUUCAUUGGUGACUCUGAGAGUGAUAUUCCAAUGGAAUCCCCUUUCAUUAAGAGGUAGUACGUAUGUAUUUAUUAAGUUCUAUAUGGAUACAGUUAACAUUUCUAAUUAGUUCUAAUGUUCUAAUUAACACAUACUUUACAUAUACACACAGAAGAUUAUUUUUGCUUUUACUUUACCAGCAGAGCACUUCCCAAACAUGAAGCUAUGUUCAACGUUGAUCUGGAAUAUUAGCUGUCCAAAGCAAAGUCUUGAUUAAAUAUAUAAUGCCUUUCUGUUAUUUCCAUCACUUAAAACGAGAAAGGCAGGAACAGGAAGAAAGACGAGGAAGUUCCAAUAAUAAUUUUGUUACAGUAGAAGUACUGUUAAGUGAAGGAUAUGUACACUUUAGAGCCAAGCGUGAUAGGAUGAUGGUGGGAUGAUGAUGAUGAUGAUGAUGAUGAUGAUGAACCAAAUGCAGCUCUUUAAAACAAAAACAGACAUUGACUUUCUACUACGCACCAUUUCUCUGCGAUGCCAUUCUGGUUUAAAAGGUCUGCUUUUGCAAUUCAGCCGUUCCAAAAUGGUCCGCAAUCCCCCUGCCACCAUUUUCUAAGUUAAAGAGUUCAUUUCACCAGGUGUUAUCAACCCAAAGCGAAAGAGUUGUUUCUAGUAUUUAUCACAAUGCUCUUCAUCAGUCUCUCAGUAAUUAAAAAUAUAUUUCUGUUUGCAAAAUGUGAGCGCAUUUCCCAGAAAGAGAAAGAAUGUAGAGGAAUAUAUUCAUGCUGAUAUAUCUUAAUUUUCAUUUUUAUUCCAAUACUGUGAUACCUUCAGUACACUUUUAAAUGUUUACUGCUUUUUGUAAUCCGUACAACUCAUUUUCAGAAAUGGGAAAUUGCAAAAAUCCCAAAGGUGUCUUCACUUUUUGCUGGUGUUAAUUGCUCAGCGCUUCUAUUGGGAAAUACUAAUGUUUUUGUCUAUGAAAUAUGGAGCAUAUUUGCUUGGGUUCAGAAUGCUUUGCUUGAAAUCAAGGGCUGGGGGGAAUACAUUUAAGCAGUGUUUUUCAACCUUGGCAACUUUUAAGAUAUGUGAACUUCAGCACCCAGAAUUUCCCAACAAGCAUACUGGCUGAGGAAUUCUGAGAGUUGAAGUCCACCUGUCUUAAAGUUGCAAGGUUGAGAAACAAUGCACUUAACUAAGUGUAAAAGAACAAGAGAUUCUUUAUGCAUUAAUACGUAUCUUUUUUUUUUCCUAUAUGGCCCUACACUGUGAGGAAUAUUUCAUCUCUUUUUCCUGCAAUUCUGCCAUUUUAUAACAAAGAUCUUUUAGCUUUCCAAUGGAAGAAGAGAUAACAAUAUAUCCUUAAUGUUUCCCAGCUAUUAAUACCUACUCAGUGUUGUCCAUUGCAGUAAACAGGGUUAUCUGCUGCAAAAUUUGGGCAUAUGGCUAACCUAGUGAGGAAUCUCAGCUGACUUAUUGAAAGUUGCCAUUCAGAAUUUUUCUUACAUAUAGUUCAACAGUUUUGGAUCUUCUGGCAUUGUAAAUCCGAUCUGGAGGGACUCAUAUAUUCCAGUUUUUAUUCCUAUCUCUCACACUACCAUACAUAUAUUUUGUUGUUACUAUGUUGGAGUAGCAAUUUAAGAACUUGAAGCUUCUCCUAAGGCACAAUUAUUGUUGGGCGUCAUUUGUUGCAAUCAUAUGCUGGGUUAUCUACUAGUAUGCCUACAAGAUCUGCCCAUGCCUCUGUCUCAGUGUAAUGCCCAUGAGUGAAUGUUUUAUGCAUGCAUGUUAAACUUCGAUAUUGUGUAACACAGAAUAUUCCCUGGCAUUAAGUAAGGCCAAAUAGCUGUCGGUUUUGUAGCUGUCAUUACGCAUACCUAAAUUCCUGCAUGCAUAAAUUGUAAAUGUUUAUAGGGAACAUUUAUGAGCACAAUGUUGAAUCCACAAGAACACUUUGACUUCCCAGAUCGGCAUUAUAUCAUCUCAUUAAUAGCCUUUGAAAUUGGCUUGAUGCAACUGAAAACUUGCCAAGGUGGCAAUACUGGAAUCCAUCUUGCAUUUUCAAUAUAAACUCAAAAUAAAUUCCGUAUCACAUCAACAAAUUCUUUCAUUAUCUUUCUUUUAUGGCCCUAUUUCAUCAAGGAAAUCAGAAUAUAUAUGACAGAUAUCAAAUAUAUUGAUGUAGGUUAUAUUGCCGCUGUAGUUCAUAAUUGGCGCCUUACCAAAAUAAUCCUACGUAUGAUGAGUAUUUGAUUAAAAUUCACCGGCAGUUCAUUGAGGAAUAAUUGUAAUGACAAUAUACUAUGCUAUUUUUUCCAUGGUAUGAGAUUCCCUCUUCUGACUUGGUUUCAUGAAUAUUUGAAUCAAAAUAUUGGAUGUGUAAUUGUGUAUGUAUGAUUAAUAGACCCAUGGCUGUUCACUGCUUAUAUAUAUACCCUGUUGUCCAAAAGUAUCCAGCUGUAAUGAGCCAAGUUCUCAAGUGCUUCUAUUGUGCCUUUAACCAUCCACAAAGCACACUAAGCCAACAAUUGUUUUCAUAAAUCAUAUGUAAUUGUUGAGGAAAGAAACUAGAGAACUGUCAGUUCCAUGUAACCAUUUUUGCCUGCUGUUAUCGACAACCAUUGGCAUUAAUUACAGCAGCUCACACUGCACACCAACUUGAUUUCUAUGAAAGGAUCUUUGUUUGCUUCAUUAAAGCCUCUGAGGAGCAAAGUCGUUGCCUGAGGAAAUGCACAUGAUGUCCCUAACAAUUACUGUCCAUGGGAUAAAUCAAUAUAUAUUUAAGAGAAAGUUGUCCUGCCACUGAAAAUAUGUUUCUGUACUUGCCCAGAAGCCUUUUAACAAAGUCUUCUACCAAGAUUUACACCGGGCUCAAACAAACCAUUUAGCUGCUGUUUUGUUAUGAAAAUCUACCUUUUCCCAAUACAGUUAAGUGUAGUCUGGUAUUACAUGAAGUGACCACUGAAACUAUUCAGCCUGGUUGGUUCCUUUCUCCAGUCCAACUGAGGCAGAAUUGGACAAUGUCCCCCAUUGGUCAACUUUCUAGAUCUGCUCUUGAAGCUCAAGGUUAGUAAUCGGGAGGAGUUUGGCUACCAUAGAUUAACAUGGCUGUCCUCCAACAACAUCCUCAAGGCUUGGAAGGAAGUCUCCCAUGUUUUCCUCUCCCUAAAAUAAAUGCUUGAUAGCAGCUCUUCUAAAGGUCAAAUCCAACAUAACCUGAAUCACGUGGUUAUGGCUGUUACAAAGAGGAUUAAUAGGGGGAAAGAAAAGUUAUCCCAUACCGAAGCACCAUUACAAUCAUAUUCUCAGAAGGGGUGAAGUUGUGCAGUCUGUCUAUGCUGUCAGUUGUUAAAUAUUACUACAGCCCUCCUCAACUCAGACCAUUUAGCGCAGGGAUCUCCAACCUUGGCUAUUUUAAGACUUGUGGACUUCCACUCCUAGAAUUCCUCAGCCAGCGUGGGAGUUGAAGUCCACAAGUCGUAAAGUUGCCAAGCUUGGAGACCUCUGAUUUAGCACAAAGUCUUUUAUGAGAUAUUUCUUAAGAAACAUGGACACAUCAUCUUCCUACACUUUCAAAGGCCCUGCUUGAAGCUCUCCUAAACUUGAUUCCACCCCAAGGUUUAAAUCAAAAAAGCUUCUCGAAUCUUAAAUCCUCUCUAACUGCCUUCGCUCUACCCCGCAGAGGGAUUUUCAGUGUAUAUAACUAUAAUUCAAGGUACUUUUAUGUAUUUCUCACAGAUAUAUUUAUUGAAAUUGUUCUUUUCAGAUUUUGAUUCAACACUAAGAGCCUCUUGACUGUUCAGUUGCCUUUCCCCCCCCCCACCCCGGCUUUGUUUUGCUUUUAAUGUGCCCUUAAGUUAGAUAACUCUGAGCAUGUUUUCUGUUGGUCUUUGAGACAGUUCUGUAGAAAUUAAAGAUUUGCAUUCUUUGGACUAAGUGUCUGAAUUAUCUCUCUUUGGAUGGACUGCACUGCCAGCCUAGCAGCACCAGUCAUUAACUGUGUUGUAUUACUACUACUAUACUGUUGCUUUUCAAUGAUAUAUAAAUAUGUAUUUAUAUGUGUGAGCGUGUGUGUGAGUGAAUGCACACAUAUACAUACAUACAAUCAGACUGUAUCCAUUGGUGUCUGGGUUUUUACAAUAUGGCUAAGGAAUGUAAUUCUGUAGUUUCGUUUCUGCACUGUUCUUUUGAGAUUAAAAACUAUUCAUUUUUAAA